UUCCAUCCUCAUAGUCUUGCUAUUAUUACGCUAACUGUGCCCAAAAUUUAGUGACUCAGAAAAUUCCAUGAAAAAACAAUAGUCAAAAGAAAUUCAAAGAGACUCUAAAGUUCAAACUUUUUUCAAUAACUCGUCUGUCACAUUUCUAGAUCUACUUCUGUUCUCUGCAGCACCAAUUCUUCAAUUGAAAUGUCAUCACCGACACUGCUCCCUGGUGCAAAUUUGAACGGCCAAGAGGUAAAACCUUCAAACCCUAAUGUUGGAUCUGAUGCACUUGAGAUGAAUUUGAGUAAUGGUAAUAAACAUCAAAACAAUGACACCAAUUCAAAGCCACUUAAGAUCUUCGUAGGUUACGAUCCACGCGAAGACCUAGCUUUCGAGGUCUGUCGCUACUCCAUUCUCAAGCGAUCGUCAAUCCCUGUUGAGGUUUUACCCAUUAAACAAUCUGAAAUGAGGCAAAAGGGUGUGUAUUGGCGUGAGAGAGGGAAGCUUGAGAGCACUGAGUUUUCAUUUAGUCGGUUCUUGACACCCUACUUGUCAAAUUAUGAUGGUUGGGCUAUGUUUGUGGAUUGUGAUUUUCUCUACUUAGCUGACAUUAAGGAAUUGACUGAUUUGAUUGAUGAUAAAUAUGCUAUAAUGUGUGUGCAACAUGAUUAUGCACCUAAGGAGACUACGAAAAUGGACGGGGCGGUGCAAACUGUGUAUCCGAGGAAGAAUUGGUCUUCCAUGGUGUUGUAUAAUUGUGGGCAUCCCAAAAAUAGGGUUCUAACUCCUGAGGUUGUGAAUUCUGAAUCGGGCGCGUUUCUGCAUAGAUUUCAGUGGCUCGAUGAUCAUGAGAUUGGGUCUGUUCCCUUUGUUUGGAAUUUUCUUGUGGGUCAUAACAAGGUUGUUGAGGAUGAUCCAAGUACAUUCCCGAAGGCGAUACACUAUACACUUGGGGGUCCUUGGUUUGAUUGUUGGAAGGACUGUGAGUUUGCGGAGCUUUGGGUGAUUGAAAUGGAGGAAUACAAGAAGGCAAUGGAGGAAAAAGAGAAGUAGAUUAGGUAGCUGUAGCCGGUGAUGUAAUUCCAUUUCUAGUGUGUAGUGAAGGUAAUUCUUUUCAUCACCAUUUGUUUCUUGAAUUGUUUACAUGCCUCUCAGAUGUGCUCUCUUGGCAGAAUUCGUAUCAUUACUAGGGUGGUACAUUGAUGUACUCUCUUCAUAUUGGUUACUUUCAAUUGUUUUCAUGUUCAAUUGUAAUACCAUUUAUUACAUUUGAAUGUAACAACGAGUUUGUUGAUUAAUAUUGAUUUAUGAUUAGUAAAAGAACAUGUUUGAGGGUAAUAACAAGUUUGUUGAUCAGUAUUGAUAAGUAAAAAACCAUUAGAUGCCUUUCUACUCUGUUCUGAAUGAGAUACAAUUUUGUUGUAUUUAUUUGUUUUUUUUGAAUUCUAUAUUUGCCUGUCACUUGGUUUUGUUGUUGAGCUAUCUUCUCUAUCUCUUCGUCUAUGAUUUAAGAUUCUCUUUAUUGCUUCUGAAAUUGUAUAUGAUGUGAGUGAUGAUAGAGGAUGUGAAAGAGCAAAUCUAAUAUGAACUGAUAUAGUAAGUUGUAUAUGAUGUUGUAUACGGUUUAACUGAAAUCAUGACAUUAGGCAGGGUAGAAUAGUGGAAUUAAAUUCAUGUAGCCAAGCUCAACUUGGGAAGGUUUUGCUGAGUUGAGGAUUGUACGAGGAUGCUUGGCUUGAGCGGAGGUGACCCUUUAGGAAAAUAUGCAGUAUGCAAGUCUUGUAUAAUAUAGUUCCCACAAAUUGGUUCUGGCAUGCCAGAAGUAGCCAUCUUUUUUCUUCCGAAAGUUCAAGGAAAUGCACGCGCACCCACAUUAUUGUUUCUAUCACUCGGUCUCGCAUGGCUCAGAAUUGAAAACAAAACCAAGGGUUUUGAAGCCCUUGGUGUCCCCAUCGUAAAAUCCUCCUAUGACAAGUCAUGAAUCCAAACCUCUAAAAAACAAUCACAUAUCUCCCAACAAAAUAUGAAACUACCCAUCCGUCCGACAACAAUCAUAAUCCAAACCUCUAAAAAACAUGACCUCUGAUCGAGUCGUGCCGGCCCUCAUUGGGCCAACACUUGGCAUUUCCACCUUAGGUUCUGACUCCUGUCUCCAAAUUGGGUUGAACACUUGAGUAAUGUGAGCAGCGUCUUCAUCAUCGUUCUCAAAUGCAUCAUCCAUAUCAUCCUUGAUUGAUGCUUGAAGGGCUAACCCUAUAUUAGAAUCCAAAUCAAGCCAAGUUACACUACACAAGUAUGUCAACUUGGAAAAUAUAAACCGAAAUCAAAUAAUAGGGAUAGCUUGGACUCACACGCACCCCCGAUCAUGCGUACUACAUGCACCAGAAAUUAGUUAGGCAUUUGUGACUUUUCACAGUUGUAUUUAAUCAUUUCACACUUUCCUUGCAUGGGAGUUUUGAUUGAAUUAGGCCUAAGGAGCACUAUGUUGAUGAUGUGUGUAGUUGUAUUAACAGCUUCAGCAUGGGAUGACAUUCUUGGCAUCCCAUUGUUUCAAAAGGUGGUCCCGGCCAGGGAUGGUUGUUAGACAUUUGGACAUGGGGAUGCUUCCCCAAUGUUGGGGAGGUGUGGAAUAUACACAUGUAUUUCUGAGUUAGUACCUCGGAGGGUCGCAUGAACUAGGACCCCAAAACGAAGGAUUUACAGAGCUAAAACGUAUUGACCUAAAGGUGUAGGAGCAGGUUUCGGUCAACGUGUAAGUCGUAGACUGGAUUUGUAACCCAGCUGACUGGAUUCGCCUAGGCACCUUUUGGCAAGGAGAGCUUAGAGCAUCUCAGCUAAUGCCCGCUGGUAAAUGUAAGCAUUUUUAUGUUGUUAUUGUUGCCUCUUCUUGCUCUACCAUGUUUUAGCAUGAUCAUUUGUUUUGUGAUAAGAUGAUAUUUUUAUAUUUCUGAAACAAACGAGAAAGUGAUUGAAUGAGCAAUUCUCUAUGGAACCCACUGUCCGCAGGCCUCCUUUCUUACAGAAUAUCAUUGCAAUAUCUUCCUGAUUUUGAUAUGAAAAACAGCUUGGAAUUUCAUCACCCUUUGUUUUUCCUUUCAAACAACAAUGUUAUUAAUCACAUAUUCAUAUGUUAUGUAAUUGUUUGACCUUUUUCAGUGCGAAAGGCACUUGAGUGACGUUUCAUAGUCCUUGUGCAAAUUGGUUGUAGUAUCCUGAUAAACAUACAAGAAACAGUAAUCAAUUCAAAUUGUCAUUCAAUCUUAAGACACAAAAUGUGGCUUACAUCUUCAAUAGUAAAUCCGAGGGUCUUUAACUUAAUUUUGGAUUCUUUCUUUCUUUCUUUUUUAUUUCAGAUCUUUCUUAACUUGAUUAUUUCAUUCUUAUUCUUAAAGGAUGUUUUUUGUAAUUUCAUCAAGAGAGCAGGUUAUUUAUCCUCUUUUUUUUUUUUUUUUUUUCAAUAGUUUAGGAAAUCUUUUUAAAGUUCAAGUAGUUUCUUUGCAAAUGCUGAUAAAGAAUAGUAUUAUAGAUUUAAGGGCAAAUUCAACUCCAUGAACUAUCACUUCAUUUUGAUAGAUUUUCCCUUUAAUUAUCAAUUUGGCAAAAAAAAGUAAAAUUUUGAAAUCAUACCCUCACCUCUGUUUGAGGAAGAAUUAAAAAUGUAGAAAACUCUUCCGACACUAUUUCUUUUUGGCCAUUUAUCCCAUGAAUAAAAGAAUUUACUUACAAAAGAACUUGCAAUAAUUUUGUAGCCAGCAGAUUUUUCCUUUGACAAAAAACUUGCUGUCUCAUUAGCUUCUACUAGGGCUUAAAUUCUCACCUCCCACUUAAAAAAUAAAAGAAAUAACAUUAAGCUACAUUGUAUGUGGUCCUAAAAAAUUGACAUACAUGUAUAAAAGAAAUCUUAAUAAUAAACUUAUAAAUGCCAUAUUAAAUAGGAGAAUAUGUGGGAUGGUGCUUUUGGUUAGAAAGAGGGAGGUUGUGCAACUGUGAAACACUUGCUGCCAACCACCAUAUUUAAUGGUGUAUGGAAUAACCAAUUCUCUUCCCUUCCCCUUUUCUAUUAAAUCAUCAGCUUAUUCCCAUGCAUCAAAACCAAUUCUCUUUUCCUUCCAUCAAUUUCUUUCACUUUUUAUUUAUAUCAAACAUCACAGAGGAAAAAACAUGGACAAAGCACCAGAAAAUCAGCAGAUAUCUUACUUUGAUCAUGUUCAGAAACGGCAUGAAGAUAAAGGCUGUCUCUAUGCUUGCUUGUUUGGAAUGUUCUGCUGCUGUUGCUGCUUUGAGACCUGCGAGAGUUGUUUGGAUGGUGUGUGUUGCUGUUGUUCAUAGAUCAAGUAUUUGCUAGUAGCAUGAAAUUCUUUCUAUUGCUAAUAUUGUAUGAUUUGAUGAUUUAAUAUGAAAUUUGUGUCGAAUGAUUGAAUCAUAGUGCUUCUACUUUAUUUUCUUCAUCUCAAGCAA